AGUGUGUACGGCGCCAUAUUGGAUCCGUUUGUUAUCCUUUUUCGGGAUGUUUUUCGUUUGUGCGGUCCUUCGAGCCAGGCUGGAUCGUCGCACUGGUCUCGCGUAGUGGUGUUGAUGUCGCUACGGUGCUACGAAAUGCGCGUCGCGAGUGAAAACGUGUUGUAACUGGUUGCCAUUCGGAUUAUUCUUUACUAUAUUCAGAUAAAAAUUCAUGCAUACUCCCGAAGGAACGUUGGAACGAGGGCAGGCACCGGCUUAUUCCACGAUUGCCGCUAUCGAUGACGACGACGACGAACGAGUCGCGUCACCCCAACUGGUGUCCCCACCUGACACGGACGAUCGCGACGAAAUCGUCAAGAGUUUGGCUGCUAUCGAGGAUGAUUUACAAAAAAUGGCGGCCGACGCGGUAGUCAACAUUCCGCCCGUCAUCCAAGACAGCUCUCCCGACACCCCACAGCCCGCCUACGACCCCAAACAGGGAUGGGUGAACGGAAUUUUCGGAUGCCUGAGGCCGGUCCUGUCCAUCAUCGGUAAAGGCGUGGCCGAAAACAAAAACGCGCAGGAUGACUGGGAAAUCCCUUUCGAAAAAAUCACGGGUCUCGAGUUCAUUAGCUCGGGGGGUCAGGGUGCGGUGUUUUCCGGCUUCCUCAACAGCACGCCGAUCGCCGUCAAGAAGGUGGCUGAACUCAAAGACACCGAUAUAAUCAACCUACGGAGGUUGAACCACCCCAACAUCGUCAAAUUCAAAGGGGUGUGUACGCAGGAGCCUUGCUUCUGCAUAGUGAUGGAAUUCUGUCCGUACGGAUCGCUUUUCAACCUACUGAAGAACCAAAAGAAUGUGGUCACCAUCAACAGGGUGGUUACGUGGGCCAAGCAGAUCGCGAGCGGGAUGCAUUACCUCCACAUGCACAAGAUUAUCCACAGGGACCUCAAAAGUCCGAACGUACUGAUCGGAGAAGAGGAGAUCAUCAAGAUUAGCGACUUUGGCACCUCGAGGACCUGGAACGGAGUAAGCGAGAAGAUGACAUUCGCCGGAACGGUGGCCUGGAUGGCGCCGGAAGCUAUCCAGGAACUCGCUUGUAGCGAGAAGGUGGACAUUUGGUCUUUUGGUGUCGUCUUGUGGGAACUUCUGACCUGUGAAGUACCUUACGACGGUAUGGAGCAAGGAGCGAUAAUGUAUUCGGUAGGCUGCGGCAAGUUGCGCCCUCCUAUCCCAUCCACGUGUCCGGACGGCUUCAAGCUGAUUAUGCAGAUGUGCUGGAAGCACAACCCGAAAGAGCGGCCGUCGUUCAAGCUCAUCUGCAAUCACUUGGAGAUAGCGUCGGUGGAGAUCCUGGCCAAAUACCAAGACGACCAGUUCUUCAAGACCCAGGAGACGUGGAAGCAGGAAAUCAAGUCGCAGAUCACCCAGUUCGUGGAGAAGAUGCAGAAGCACAAGUUCGAGUACCACCUGAAAGAGGAGCAGCUUAUCCAGAGGCGCGAGAUGGAGAUCAAGCACAUUCUGGACAUCAAGGAACUCUACGGCAGGAAACUGAAGCAGGUGGAUCAGUUGUACGCCGAGCUGUCGGGACUGAAACAGAGGAAGCGAGCCAAAGUAGACCGCACGUGCGACAGAAGGCGCGGGUUCUUGCACUGGAACAAAAUGGAUAGGAGGAGAUCCGUGGGUAAUCAGCAGAGCACCACACCGACAAGUCCGGAAUGUAGCCUGACUAGUCCCGAUAGUCCCAAAUCAAAAGCACCGACUUACGCGACUCUGAACCAGUGCACGGAGACGGUGACCACUCAAACGUCGGCGGGUUCGAGAAGGAGACAUCACAGGACCAACUCCAGCUCCCCCAGGAGUUCGGGAUUCUCUUCGAGGGCCUCCAGUUGUCGGGCGUCGGUUGUAGUAGAUGCCGAAACUCAAACCGAUUGCAUGGACAUCAGCGAAAACGACCUCAGCAGUCCGACUUCAACGUUGGCCGACCCGGAAAGCUCGAGCGCCCAGCCGACGGUCUACCCCCAGAGAGUUAUCCUCCAGGAGUUUAGAAGCGACGACGAGAGGAUCAACGGCAAUAAAGUGCAGUUACACUACAUGGUACAACGUUUUGAUCAAGGUGUCCAGGUAUUUAAGAAUCUGGAUCCCUCAGUCGACGAAGACGCGGUCAAUCGCAACUACGGCACCCCGAGGGUGUCUAGCGAGGAAAACCUCGAGGCGUUGAGCAGAAAAAUAUCCGCCAUGACCAUAUUGUCGCCCCAGAACGGUAACAUCUCGGACAACCUUGAGUUCAUCAGAAGGAGGACGAUGUCGGAGACGAAGGACGAGUUAGACAGUACGGAGGACGCGGCGAACGAGGACAGCUUCACGGACGAGGACGGCGAGUUCUACAGUAGCCUCAGACGAAGGAGUUUUCUUGUUUCCCUUAGCAAACAUGGCAAGGAACUCGCGAAAUUGAGCCUGGCGAGGAGACCAAUUUACCCCGGACGCAGGGCUAAACGUUGCCCGGCGAACCUGAGGUUCUCCCAUAAAGACAACGGCCCUUCCGACGAGGGUAACACUUCCGAGUACUCGCCGUCCAGCAAAUCGUCGACGCUCGAGUCGAACCCGGGCGAAAGGUGUCGAGGAUUGCCGAACGUGUCCUUGAAACGACCGAACGACAUUUCGGACACGUCCGACAGCGAAUCGGAAGAGAAUACGACGAUAGUCACGCAGCUCGCGUACAACGUCAACAAGAAAGAGAACUUGGUCUGAGGGCGGCCGUCGUGACAAGCGCGAAUGUGAUGUUUCGUUUAUAUUUAUAUUUUUUUCAUAGGACUCAUCCGCCAUUUUGUUACGCGCGUGCGGGAAUUUUGAAAAUUUCGCCGGCCGCGUGGGAUGCCCCGCGUUGCAGGAUAGGUUUUGGCCGUUUUAAAACAACACCCGACGAACUUAACCUAAAAAUAUGCGUCGCGGACCGCGUUGUUCCUAACCUUACUUAUUUUGAGCUCGUCCCCCGUUCAAUGCCGGACGAGAUGUUUCGUUUAGACUUGUAUUGUAGCGAGAGCAUUUGAUCGACACUUAUUAUGACGGGAACCAUUUUGUUACGAUUUUUCCGAGUAUUUCGAGUCGGGCGUCAAGUUAAGCCAGUUGUAUGAGACUGCGUCUCAGGAUAAACUUUUAGCCGUUAACGGUGUCCAAAAAACCGGACCCUGUACGUUAUUCCAGCUUUAUUUAUUUUGGGGGCGUCAAAAUAUUGAAACUGAACAUAAACCAGCUAAGAAGGUUCUUGGUGGCAUUGGUGGUAUUGUUUAUAUUUAAUGGUGUUAAAUGGUUGGGCGCCACACCCAAAGCAAUAAUAUCGUUCUUGGUACGCUGGUUCUAAGUAAAAACUUUCAAUUAUUUGCUGUGAUUAUGGUUGUUUUAAUACGUCCAAUUUGUGAAAUUUUUUUUCGUGUUUUGUAGACGUCGUAGGUAAGUCCUGGACGGGGUGUCCAGUUGCUUGGAUGUUUCCUCCUUGUAACGGUGAAAAUUGUCAUUUGUCACACUGACAAGACACUGUACACCCUGUACAAUUUGUUGCCAUCGUUUAAUGCGACAGGUGGCUUCUGAUUUCUUGUGAUUUUUUAGGGAAUAUACGAGAGAAUUUUUAUAACGUAGUUCUGUAGAUCGAUAUACGUUUGUAGAAGUUAAGUUUUUGUACUGUGCAAUUUUUGAAAGGGCCCUUUAGCAAUAGACGCAAGCGUCUAGGUACUUCCCGAUAACGGCGACCCAGGAGAGGAUAGUUGUGUAAGUUUUUUUCCAAUAUUUUUAGUUUUUACAAGUGGUUAACAUAAAACUCUACUCAGAAAUAUCUAGUCCAUAUUUGUCCACUAUCUGCGAAGUUAUGAAGAAACAAUGAUUUUUGUCUUAAAACCUUUUCACCCCGUUGCUCAAAAGUUAGAGGCUUAUUAUAUCUAUUCUUCUUAAAAUCCUCCUACAGAUGACGACACAUGAAACUCGUGUCGGGUUGACCGGUUGACGUCACUGACGGAAACAAAUCUUCGAUAUAACUGUCCUCUCUGACUUGCCGUUCUUGGCCUCUACGUCGACGCUUGUACUGUGGGCGAGCCUACUAGAUUGUUGUCCCGUUUACCUAAUAUUUACGAGACUAUAUACGUGUCGCUUAAAAAUAUAAUUGCAUUGUUACUUUUGGAAGUUUAUGGAAUCUCCGCACACGACGCAGUGGCGUGCGAGUAUUUUUGUAAAGAGCCACACAUAUUUUUUAUUAAUCGCGGUUUUCAUGACGUUUAAGAAAUAGGUUGAUUGUAUCGUAAUUUAACUUUUAGCGGUUCUCUUGUAUUGUGUAAUUUUUAACGGUUCGAGCGCGAGACUCGAACGGCCAACAUUCCAUUCUUUGCUUGGACGGCCCAACAAACGGAUGUACAAAGGUUUUACGCGCUUUCUGUUUGCGAAAUUUUCGUUUUUUGAAAGUUUCCUACGUCCACUGUACUUACUUUAGACAUUCCAGAAUUCUUUUUUGUAUAGCUAUUUAUAUAUUUGAUAUUUUUUGUUGGCGCGAGUGCCAAAAAUAUACUCAGUUUUA